GCAGUCAAAAUAGUGAUCCAACAAACUAGUUCUGAUCCCAAAUCUUAGCCGUUUUUCUUGACCUAAACUUUUCUUUGCUCUCUCCUGUCUCAUUCUUGCAAACUCACUGAAAUCAACAUUCAAGUAUCUCUUCGUUUCCACGUACCAAGUUAACUAGUGAAAGAAAUUAGUGAAGAUGCAUAGAUCGGCAAGCUGGAGCCGGGUGGCGGAUGAGUACUUCAUGCACUCAACUUCAUCGCCGUCAGCAGGGAAGGGGCCGUCAGGGCUGCGAGUGUCUGUGUCGUUUGAUCAAGGCGGAGAUCUGCCGAUGUACGAUCCUAUAGCUGAGUUGGCCAAGAAGGAGAGGUCUCGCGUUAAGUUUGCUGAGAAUGCUGUGCAUGUCAUCCCCUUUGUGCUUCUUUUUUGUGCUUUUGUUCUUUGGUUUUUCUCUAAUCCAGAUGCAUAUGUGAGGAUUAAAACGGAUCCAAUAGCUGCAAGAAUAGAAGGGCUGACGUUGGAGGGAGAGAUUGAGAAUGAUAGUGACGGUACUCAAACAGGCGCUCUACCCUUUGUGGAUUUGGGACUAGAUUUGGACCCAACAACAACAAAACAAACCAGGGAUAGAUUGAAGAGAUUCAAACAUUAAUAAAUUAGAUAAUAUAUUAUUGCUUACAUUAAUUCUGUGGACGUUGUGAGAAUUUAAAUGAAUAAAGUGGGAAAAAAAAAGUUGAGGUUUAUAUA